GAGAACCGAGCUACAAGUGUCCGCGCUGCUGCACCGAAACUGAGCUCAAAACUCUACAUUUUACCCCUCUACCACCUUGGAUUAAACCUGACAUCUUUUAUUUUUGUGAAUCUAAAGGGAUCCACAGUCAGCUUGGAGAAAAACCUUGCGCUCUCGGUUCUCCUGGGACAGCAGUCAUUGUGUCUGAGCUGCAGCUGACCACACGCGCCGUAAACAGGAAGCUCUUUCACUGAUCCGACCUUUAGCUUUGGGCAGGAGCAGGUGAAGUUAGGAUGGCCUCGUGGCAGACUGAACUGCCCAGCUCCUAAACACUCCCAAAGUUUCACACUCCACUGACCGUACGCUCGCUCUUCCUUCUGCGGAGAGGGGGAGAGAGCGGCAUGACCACCUCCCACCUGAACGGGCAUGUGUCGGGGGAGGGAGGGGACGACGAGCUGAGGGGAGGGCACAGGGAGAUGGCCGUGGACUGCCCAAGCGAGUUAGGCAGCCGCACUCUGCCACUAAGACGGUCGGCCCAACUGGAGAGGAUACGCCAGCACCAGGAGGACCUUCGGCGGCGGAGGGAGGAGGAGGGCCGACAGUUGGACCUGAACACGUCGCUCAGACUCAGAAAACUUUCCCAGAAUCCUCAGAUCGGCAUCGACAACCCCACGUUCCUCCAGGACUCCCUCUCACCUCAGCCCCUGCCCCAAAGCCAGGCUCAUGCACUGCUGGAGUUGGAGGAGCUGCUGUUUUCGCUGAAGCAGAUCCGGGGCUGUUUGUCCGAUCAGCAGAGUCAGAAUGACAUUGAGCUGGUCCUCGCACUGUUGAACAAGUCUGAUUUCCAGUCUGCUCUGAAGAUCCACAAUGCGGUGGCGAGCAGCAUGCACAAACCCUCCCCCCCGUACCCACACACACACCAGGCGCUUCCUCUGGCCAUGGAGGUCAGAAAUCUUAUUCAGACGAGUUCGAGCAAAGAUGGCCUUGAGCUCCACACCCUACUGUCAGACGCUCACCUACAGUCCUUACUCCUGGCCCAUGACACCAUAGCAGAGUCAGAAAUGCAGCCUGAAGCGGUGCCCACACAGGGGGAGACUCUGACGCAGUGGGGAGGAGAGACGGUGAAGCUCGUACGGAUCGAGAAAGCGCGAGACAUUCCCCUGGGAGCUACAGUGCGUAAUGAGAUGGACAGUGUUGUGAUCAGUCGAAUCGUUCGUGGAGGAGCAGCUGAGAGGAGCGGACUUUUGUCUGAAGGAGACGAGAUCCUGGAAAUAAAUGGCAUCGAAAUCAGAGGGAAAGACGUCAACCAAGUGUUUGACAUCCUGGCCGACAUGCACGGCCUCCUCACCUUUGUGCUCAUUCCCAGCGCCCAGACCAAACCUCCUCCAGUCAAAGAGUCUGUGGUUCAUGUGAAGGCGUUUUUCGACUAUGACCCCUCGGAUGACCCCUACGUGCCUUGCAGAGAGCUGGGUCUGUCCUUCCAAAAGGGGGACAUCCUCCACAUCAUCAGCCAGGCCGACCCCAACUGGUGGCAGGCGUACAGGGACGGAGACGAGGACAACCAGCCACUCGCAGGACUAGUGCCAGGAAAGAGUUUCCAGCAGCAAAGGGAAGCCAUGAAACAAACAAUAGAAGAAGACAAAGAGCCUGAGAAGCCUGGAAAAUUGUGGUGUGCGAAGCAGAAAAAGAAGAAGAGGAAGAAAAUGCUUUACAACAUGCACAGGAACGAUGAUGUUGAUAACGAUGAGAUCCUGACCUAUGAAGAGAUGGCUCUGUACCACCAGCCGGCCAACAGGAAGCGCCCGAUCGCUCUGAUCGGUCCGGCGAGCUGUGGUCAGAGCGAACUGAGAACAAGGCUGCUGCACAACCACCCGGACAGAUUCGCUGGAGCUGUACCACACACCACGAGGAGCAGGCGUGACGGAGAGCUGAGCGGACGGGACUAUCAUUUUGUGUCCAGACAAACCUUUGAAGCAGAACUAGCCGCCGGGAAGUUGAUUGAAUCUGGAGAGUUUGAGAAGAAUCUUUAUGGGACCAGCACAGACUCAGUGCGACAGGUCAUCAACACUGGAAAGAUCUGCGUGCUCUGUCUGCACACACAGGCUCUGAAGGUGCUGAGGAGUUCAGAUUUAAAGCCUUACAUCAUCUUCAUCGCUCCUCCCUCACAGGAGCGACUGCGCGCCCUGCUGGCGAAAGAGAACAAGAACCCGAAGCCCGAGGAGUUGAGGGACAUCAUAGAAAAGGCUCGUGAGAUGGAGCAGAGCUGUGGGCACCUGUUUGACGCCAUCAUCGUGAACACGGACCAGGACAAAGCCUACACCGAACUGCUCAGGCUCAUCAACAAACUGGACACAGAGCCGCAGUGGGUGCCCAGCUCCUGGCUACGCUAAUGCUAAUCAUGCUAAUAAUGUUAACGCUAACAAUACAGAAACACCACAGGCUAAAGUUCUACACUGCAACAACGAAAUCUCUAUGUGACUUAAAAUGACUUGGAUUCAAAGUAUUACUUGAUUUGAGUAGGUUUUGACAUUUAUUUUAGUUAAUAGGUCUACAUUUUUGACUAGUUUCCUUUUUGCUUUCUUCAUCUUUUCAACUAAAAGUCCAUGGAUUUGACUUUUGGUUUUUAACUGAUUAAGUGAAGUUUUCUUUCUUCACUGACACAAAUUUGGAAUGACAUGGGGAAAAAAAAAUGACACUGGAAGUAUUAAAGUACCUACGUCACAUUAGACUACUCAUUUUACUCAAACAAAUCAUGAUAUUUGAGAUUUAUGCAAAAACAUUCACACUCGUUUUACUAAUCUGCCAAUUUUUUUAAUUAAAAAUUUGACUUCCUGGUUGGAAAUCAUCAUCACAAUUUUAUAACUGUUACCUAGCAACCAUUUCAUACACAGGACCAAACUCCUCUAAUGUACACAAAAACUCUUAUCCGACAAAAUACAAAUAUAAGUAUGUAUCGUGUAAAUUGGGCCAAACUUUUGUGGGACUCUCUAAAAUGAAACACGCCACUUCCUGUCAUUUUUUCAACAUUUUUCAGCUUUUCUUCGCAAAUUUCCCCUUGAUUUGUGUAAAACUAUAACUUAUAUUUACAGUACUUAUAAUGCCACCAAAUGAAGUCACAAUUAUAGAAUCAUAAAAAUUCGUCAUAUGCACUUUAAGUGUCAAAACCUACUCAAAACAAGAUGAAUAUCCCCAAUUAAAGCUGUUUUGACUCAUGUAGGUAUUUCCUUAUUGCAGUGUAAAUGGGUUUCUAUCCAGACCUCUAUUCGCCUUAUUCCAGAAGUUACUAUGGGAACACCAACAUUUUUCCAGUUGUAUUAUUUUGCAUGGGGCUGACACAUCUUGACAAAAAAUACAUUCUAUAGGGACUGCAAAGCUGUUUUAAACCCUCCCAUAGAAUCUGUGCAUUAUUGACUUGUUGUGCACAUGGACAUUGAUCAUUCUACACAGUUAAACCUACUUUAUAUUAUAUUUUUAGUAAUGCAUUUCCUUCAGAAUCAGUACAGUAUUUAUUUAUUUUCUCAAAUUCUCCGUUAAAAUGAAUAAAAAGGGCCCAUAUUACGCUCUUUUCUGAUCUGUUAUAAUGUUGUUUCUUUAUCACAAACAGACCUGGAGUUGUUUUGUUUCAUUUACACAAAUCCUUCAAUAUUUAGUCCUUCCCUCAAACAGAAAACACUCCUCCUCCACCUUGUGAUGUCAUGUGGUAAUACCAGAAGUGCUCCACUGUGUUUUUAAACUCCAUACACCAUCACUAGAAUCAUUUGGAUAAUUUCACCCCUGGAAUUUCCAAUCUCUACUGAACUAAAGGUAAAAGGAGCUGUUAACUUGGAAACUACUGCUUCAUGACGUCACAAAAGUGGAACAGAACAUGUUGAGCUUUCAACAUGUGGACAGACUAAUAAUAAAGUGUUACUUAAACGUGUGAAACAACAAACAUGAAACAAACACAACUCCAGGUUUUGGAGAGAAGGUAACAACAUUCUAACAUGUCUUCAAACUCACAGGAGUCACUUUUGCAUAAGAUACAACCUUUAAUCGGUAAUGCCAAAACGCCGGUGUGUGCGUGUGGAUUAGUAGCAGUUAGAAAUAAAAUAAGGGGGAGGAAUAAGGUGAAUAGAUCAACAGCCUGUGGAGAUGGAGAGAUUUUGGGACACACAUUUCUGGAUUACAAACUGGACCUGUUUUAUUGCUGCUUCAAACCACUUUAACAACACUAAAAUAUGACAAUUUACUACAAAAACUACAACAAAAAAACAUUAUUGACACAAAUACUUCAACUCAUAACUAUAUUGUGACUGGAGAGGACUACAUUGAUUGGUUUUAAUGUUUUGUUUUUUCCCUUUGUCAAUUUUUAAAUAUAUUUUUUUAAUAUUCCCCUCUCCUUGUUAUUGAGGAAUAAGUCUCCCAGUAUUUUUGCAGAUUUUUUUUUAAACCACAUGCCCUUGAACAAUAAAUUCCUAAUCAGAAAAAAAGCCAGAUGCCUUUCCUGUCGCUACAACCCACAUACUGUGAGUGUAGAUGAACAGGUAAAGUGUCUUGCACAAGGACACACCAAUAAAAUGCACUCAUGACCUUUCAGAUAAGUCAUUGAUUGUGACCCCUUAAAAAGUAUCGAUAGUGAAUUUUGGAAAAAACUAAAACAUCACAUUAAUAAAUAUUCAAGUACCAUCCAGCAUAAUUUAUUUCUCACUAUUCUAUAUCAGUUGUCUCCAUAGUUUUAACACUCUAAAUUCAAACUGGCCACAUUAAGCACUACUUUAAAGAGGCACUAUGUAACUUUUCUGACCUCUAUUAAUUUAUUAUUGCUUUGACUGUUCCGCAAUAUGGCAUUAAACAUAUUUUUCUUGCAUUUAUUUAAUUGAAGAUGCACCUAUUGCUAAAAAAAACGUAUAAAAGAUGUAUUUUUACUCUGAGGAGGGUUGCCUUUCCACAGAUCUGACCCUGUGGCAUCUCCAUGGAAAUAAGUUAAUGCCAUACUGUGGAACAAUCCAGGCAAUGCUGGAGACAAACGGAUGGCGGACGCUCUACUAGAAAAGUUACUUAGAGCCCCUUUAACAAAAACACUACAAUAUUUGUUUGAUAGGUUACACAUGAUCAUUAUCUGAGACCAUGCACACCACCGGACACUACCUUUUAACUCAUUAUUCUGUUCUUUUUAAGCUUUUUAUGUUCCUUUUUUAUCCUAAGAACAUUUCAGUUGUUCAGAUUAAAGCUAUUAAAAUAAUGACACAAAUCUCUGUAAACUUCUGAUUUACAAUUUUUAUACAAAUAUGGCCGCAGGUUUGUCUCGGCCAUGUGCAAAGGACAAAAUGUGAAAGGCACAUAUUUGAAAUUCACUUUGAGUUGAUUCCUUUUAAUAUGAAGAAAAUGUCACUACUUAAUUUUUAACCAGCAGUGCUUUAGCUGUGACUGGGACAGCACUUUUUUCUACUGGACAAACUACUGUUAUUAACCUGCGAUACACACUACGGACAUGUUUAAAGCUCCUAUAUUAUGCUAAUUUUACUUUUUAUUUCAUUUUACCCAUGUUAUAAGUUUAGGUGUUUGUAAAUUUAUUCACAGUCACACUUUUGCAAUUAUUUAUGUAACAAUAUCCUCUACGAACAACAAAAUCUCCAGGCUUUUAAUGGUAAAACUGUUUAGACUAGAGCUUUACAAACAUGUUCUGUUUAUCAGUUCAUAAUUUGCCUUCUCUCAAAUGUUAAUGCUCGUAAAUGCUCCUAAUGCUCGUCUAAAUCUUAUCAUAACUCUGAUACUUAACACGCUGUACUUCAAAAAUAUUCCUGACAUUGUAGAAUAUACCUGGAGUUUAUUUUCGCAACACUAGACAAAUUUGGAUUUACAUUAUAGAUCUUAAACUGCCUUCACUACAUCGCAUUGUCUUAAAACAUACCUGGAUUUUAUUUAGACUUACUACAUUUAUUUUAAUCAUUACAGAUUUGCCUUCACUACAAACUAAUUUCAAGUAUUGCAAACAUGAUUAUCUAAUCUGUAGAACAUAAAUUAGCAGCAUGAUUGUUCUUGGCAUUAUAAAACAUACUUUGACAUCAUGUAUUCCCCUCUGUUUCCAGCAGAGGGCGACUACAAACACCUAGUCCAAGCAUUCUCUGUCAAAGUGUAAGGUUAAAUACAUAUAUUUUUCAAACAUCCAUUAUUUGAAGUUAUAAAACAUGAAAUACCGGUACAAACGUGUCUAAAAGUAUUACAAAACACCUGAAAAUAGCAUAAUAUGGGAGCUUUCUGAGUUGACUGACAAUGGACUUCUGUCUUUAGUCAAAUUGACACUUAGGCCCUAGAAUCACAGACUGUAUUUAUAUCUUCUUUAUACAGUCUAUGUCUGGAAAAUGCCAAGAAAGUGGUAGGUUUUAGUUUUGUCCUUUCUCAGCUCAAAAAUGCUGAUUUAUCAUAAUGUAUUUUAGUAUGUGUGUGAUUUUUGAGUGUAGAAACGAAUGUGUGUGUGCCUGUCCAUGAAUACAAUUAAGUAUUAUUACUGAAGUAGGCCUGACCACUGUUAUAUCACUGUGUAGAGCAUUUAUAUAUUUGUAAAAUUAAAAAUAGACUAUUAUGAGAACAGAAUGCACCAAUAGCGUAACUGGCUUUACUCCCUCAUUAUUAUUAACCUCCUUGCCGUUGGUUGAGGAGAAAAUUCAAGGGGGGGUCAAAGCUCGGUGAAAUUAUCUAUUGAAUGUAAAUGUAAUUGAAACCACUUUCUCUUGUCACUUGUUCUUGAGAGAAUCAACUUUUUGUAUGAAUAUUCACAAUAAAGAAAUAAAUAGAUGAUUCAUAGAAAAGAA